UCAAUGUCAUUUGACAGAAGUCAACUUUUCCAGAAUCCAGAUUAUUGUUUCCACAAUAAUAUUUUUGUUUCAUUAAUUCAGUACCUAAUAUAACUGUUUCUACGUAGAUAACGUUAUAAAACGUCCAAAAUUUCUCUUUUAAGGGAACUGUUGAGACGCAUAAUGGAAGAUAAUGUUUCAAGUGAUAGUGAGGAAAGACCAAAUGAGAGGGGUGGCGGAGCUGAGAGAACGGGCGACGGGAGCGCUGACAACGACGAGGAGUCAGAAGAAGAGGAGCAACAAUUUGACAUCUCCCUCGCCGCCUCACAUUCAUACAUGGGCAACAGCCUAGUGCAAGUGAGCGGGCGCUCGGUGCUGGAGGCGGGCUGGCGCGGCCGCGUGCCGGUGGUGGCGCACCACGGCGCCGUGUUCCCCGGCGAGACCGUGCCCAUGCUGCUCACGAACGCGCACGACGCCGCCAUCAUCAUGAGAGCCAUCCAGGGGGACAAACUGUUCGGACUCCUGUGCCCAGACGAGAGCGGCGCGCUGGUGUCGGGCUACGGCGUGCUGUGCGAGGUGUUCGAGGUGAGCGCGCGCGGCGAGGCGGCGGGCGCGCGCCCGGACCCGCCGCGCACCGUGUCGUUCAAGGCGCGCGCCACGCACCGCUUCCGCUGCCUCGACGUGCCCAAGCACUCCGUGCCCAUACAUGUCUACAGCAGGAUGGGCCCGGCGGAGGUGGUGGUGCUGCCGGAGGUGCGGCGCGGCGACCCGCUGCGGCCCGCGCGCCUCGCCAGCCUCGACGCGCUGCGCUGCGGGGCCGGCCGCGGUCGACUGCGAGCAAUGGACGCCGCCGUCACGCCGUGGCCGCGCUUCGUGUACGACAUCUUCGACUACCGGCGGAUGCGGCAAAUCAUAAAGGACUACUUCAAAACAAUGUCGCUGGAGAACGUGCCGGAGGAGGCGGUGUCGCUGUCGUUCUGGGCGGCGUCCAACCUGGCGCUGUCGGCGCGCGACCGCCUGGCGCUGUUCGCCGCGGACGACGCGCUGCUGCGCCUGCACAUGGCGGUGCGCCUCAUCGCGCGGGUGCCGACCCUCUGCUUGCAGAAGAGCGUGCUGUGCUGCUCGUCGUGCGCGGCGGAGAUCGCGCGCCGCGAGGACAUCUUCGCCAUGAGCAGCGAGGGCGUGCACUCCAACUACACUAAUCUAGGCGGCUACAUGCACGACAUCGUGACGGUGGCGCGCGCCAGCAACACGGAGCUGAGCGGCGCGCCGUCCACGGAGUUCUCGUGGUUCCCCGGCUACGCCUGGACCAUCGCGCUCUGCGCCGCCUGCAUGGCGCACGUGGGCUGGAGGUUCGACGCGCAGCGCCGCAGCCUGCGGCCGCAGCGCUUCUACGGGCUGUGCCGCAACUACGUGCAGCCGCGCGGCGCGGGCGCGGGCGGGCGCGCGCUGGCCGCCGAGCUGCGCGCCGCGCGCCACGCGCUGUCGGCGCUGGGCCGCGCGCCGCCCGCCGCCGGCGACGACGACGACGAGCGCUGA